AUGUAUUGCAAGACAGGGAGGAAAUUCUGCAUAAAAGAGCUCUUAGAUGACCAAAUCAUAUGGAGAAAGAAACGCGAUGUAAGAAAUGAGAUGUACUGGACAAAUUAUCAAACAUUGGAAGAUAUUUAUAAGUGGUUCUACUAUUUAGCUGAAACACAUAGUAAUAUAGUGUCAAUAAUUCAUGCGGGAACUUCAUAUGAAGGUAGAAACAUCACUGGUGUCAAAAUAUCCAGGAGAUCCGGUAGAAAGGUAUUUAUGAUAGAAGGAGGGCAGAUCGGCGCGGAUUGGCUCUCUCCAACCGUCGUUACAUACCUGGUUGACCAGCUCGUUAAGGGUGAAGACCCCGAAGCGUUAGCAGCUUCGCAGGACUUCGAAUGGCAUAUUUUCCCAAUGGUGAACCCUGAUGGACACGAAUACACCAAUGAUGCUGUCCGGCUUUGGGCGAAGAAUCGACGACCUACAGGCUCCGCAGUUGGUGUUGAUCUUACAAAGAACUGGAACUCGCAGUGGGGAGUAACUGGCGGCAGUUUCAGACCAGCAGACCAAAAUUAUGUGGGUCUCGGACCAUUUUCCGAGCCUGAAACUAGAGCGAUGUCUAGAUACAUUGAAGGAAUAUCUCGAAAUCUCAUAGCUUUGUUAUCAUUUAGAGGUUUUGGACAAAGAUUUGUAAUUCCAGCUUAUCCUGUCUCAGAUCACGAAAUAAUGAUAAAGAUUGGUAGACGAGCGAUGGGAGCUCUCGCUGUUCGGUACGACACACAAUACAGAGUUGGCACAUCUAGAGAUGUAUUUGAUGGCGCCACUGGUGUAAUUGGUGAUUGGGUUAAAUUUCGCUUUAACCCACCAAUUGUAGCGACAUAUGCACUACGUGACAAUGGUGCUUGGGGUUAUCUUCUACCAGUUGGACAGGUGCAGCCAACUUGUGAAGAGACAUAUGAUUCUGUUAUGUCUGUUAUUCGAGAGGCGAAGUUAGCUAAAGUUUUGUAG